AUGCGUCCCCCGCGAGCUAGCCUGGUCCCCGACCCCUCUCCCCGCGGCCCUUCGCUCUGCGCUGACCCCGCGGAACGCAGCGCCUAGCUGGGGCGCUGAGGGUCCCUCCACCCGGGACGCCGGCCCCUCCCCGGGCCUCUGCUCUCUUGCCCGCCCGCGAGUCCGUUCCCCUCGUCGGCUUCUCGGAUCGGGGACGUGGGCGAGCUGAGAGCAGGCCCGGGGAGGGUGGUCAACGCAGAGAAGACGUGGCUGUCAAGAUGAUAGAGGUACUGACAACUGACUCUCAGAAACUGCUACACCAGCUGAACACCCUGCUGGAACAGGAGUCUAGAUGUCAGCCAAAGGUCUGUGGCUUGAAACUAAUUGAGUCUGCACAUGAUAAUGGCCUCAGAAUGACUGCAAGACUAAGGGACUUUGAAGUAAAAGAUCUACUCAGUCUAACUCAGUUCUUUGGCUUCGACACAGAGACAUUUUCCCUAGCUGUGAAUUUACUGGACAGAUUCUUGUCUAAAAUGAAGGUACAGGCAAAGCAUCUUGGGUGUGUUGGACUGAGCUGCUUUUAUUUGGCUGUGAAAUCGAUUGAAGAGGAAAGGAAUGUUCCACUGGCCACUGAUUUGAUCAGAAUAAGUCAGUACAGGUUCACAGUUUCAGACUUGAUGAGAAUGGAAAAGAUUGUGUUGGAGAAAGUAUGUUGGAAAGUCAAAGCUACUACUGCCUUUCAAUUUCUGCAACUCUACUACUCACUCAUUCAAGAGAACUUACCAUUUGAAAGGAGAAAUGAUCUUAAUUUUGAAAGAUUAGAAGCCCAACUUAAGGCAUGCCACUGCAGGAUCAUAUUUUCUAAGGCAAAGCCUUCUGUGUUGGCAUUGUCUAUCCUUGCUUUGGAGAUCCAAGCACUGAAGUAUGUGGAGUUAACAGAGGGAAUAGAGUGUAUUCAAAAACAUUCCAAGAUAAAUGGCCGAGAUUUGACCUUCUGGCAAGAGCUUGUAUCCAAGUGUUUAACUGAAUAUUCAUCAAACAAGUGUUCUAAACCAAAUGUUCAGAAGUUAAAAUGGAUUGUGUCUGGACGCACUGCACGGCAACUGAAGCACAGUUACUAUAGAAUUGCUCACCUCCCAACAAUUCCUGAAACCAUCUCUUAGUUGGUAAAUCUGGUUGUUCUCUGUAUACAGCUUCCAAUGUGAUAAUUUUCUGUUCUAACUGAAGAAUUGAAAUACUCUCAAUAUAAACAUGGGAUUAAAAUAGUAAAGGAAAAAAUAACUGUUAAUCUUGUUAGCGAACACUGAAAGAUAUUCACUGCAUACAAUGUACAGCAGUUUUAAAAGGGACUUAGCAAACCUCUAGAUACAUGGUAACACUUUUGUCAAAUGAUUAGCUCAAGAAAGAGAAUCCUCCAAACCUAAAUUUUAAAAGCAGUUACUGAAAUAGCAGUUUUUAAUUACAUAUCACCUCACUGAGGCUUAAAGUUACAGCCCAAGCAGAAUGACAAAAAAUGUGACCUAUAUAUAAACAAAUUUGAGUCUGUUCAUUAUGAAAGUGAAGUAUGAACUUGGAUGAUGGACUUACAAAGUAAUAUAGGGGAGACAGUCUCUACAUUAGAUUUCUGGAAACUCCUGAGGUGUCUCAGUUCUACAGUUAGUAUUUUACCUCUAUCGCAGUCAGACUAAUAUAAAUUAUAUGCAUAAAGAUAUAAACUUGGUCUCUGAUACAUAUACAUUUUUGCCAUCUAACUUUCUUAAUCAUAGCAAAAAUUUGUCUUUUUAUGAUUAAAAAAUAAUGUUGCCAGGCAUGGUAGUGAAUGCCUUUAAUCCCAGCACCUGGGAGGCAGAGGCAGGUGGGUGUCUAUAAUUUUGAAGCUAGCCUGCUCUACACAGUGAGUUCCAGGACAGCCAGAGACUACAUAAUAGACCCUGUAAAAACAAAAACAUAAAGGAAAACAACAACCAAAUAAAAAAAUGUAAAUGUUGCUGGGAAGAUGUUCAGAAGGUAAGGGUGCCUGCCCCAAGCCUGACAACCUGACCCACACUACAGAAGGAAAACAAACUCCCACAAGUGCUUUGGCAAGUUCUUCUCUGACUUAUGCACAUGCCUCACAGCCCUGCAGUUAACAUGUGAUCAUGCAUCUUAGACAUCACCUGUUCACCUUUAGCAGCUCACAGAAUGUAGGCAGAUUUCUGUUGACUUGGGUUUGUACUGUUUGCCUAAGCAGUAGGAUUGCAGCAGCAGUUAACAAAAACUGUUCCUGCAGUUUUUCUCUGCCACUGAUAAGAUUUAAGCUAAGAAAGCUCACGUUAGCAAAAUGAUUUCAGCGUUAGGAAAACUUCUGAUUCGAGGCUUGGUAGAGCUAUGCUUAGAUUUGAAUUCACCCACGAAGCAUUCAAAUCCAGGCUAAAGACAAAUGUGAAAUAAAACUGUGAACCUUCAUUUAAACCUUUAUCUAACUUCCUAGAUUGGAUCAAUAUAUGGUGUAUUGAAAAUGAUAAACUACUUAAUUUAAAUCUCAGAAUUUAAAUUAUGAGGUUUACAGCAAAAUGAACAUUUCACAAACGCACUUUUAAGGUAUUUUAAGAGGUACUUAAGCAGUAAAUGGUUUAAAUGGUUUCUUGGCACCCAUAACCAAGUAAUAGCUAACUUAGAGGUGGGAUUUUUUUUUUUUAAUUGCUAUAUGAGAAUUACAUUUGCACUUGUGGGUGUUUUAUAUAAAGCAGAUCUCACAAGUUUUGAAAAUUUAUUGUUACCUUUAAUAUUUCUUCUAGAGAAUAGGUGGUUUGUAUCUAUAAUAAAAGAAAAAUUCUACAGAUUUGCUGCCUCAAUCUAGUCCCAUUUCAGAAAAUUUGUUUCUACUGCAUUAAUAACUGGAUGAAUUAUCACUCUGAAAAUUUAUUAAUUGCACUAAACUUAGUUCAGGCUUGAUAAACACACUCUAGAAGUUUUUAUCAGACUUUUUUUUAUAAUCUCUUAAUGUAGACUAUUGUUUUAAAAGAAUGAAUGUAUUUGCAAAACUUCCCUUACUGUGUCUUAAAGGAAGUAAGGAGCCACAUCCAUAGUUAUAAGACCACCAUGGUUGUGUUCAGAUUCUCCGUGCUGGCCUUGAAUGUAGAGCUACACUGUUAAAUUGUAGGCAGGUCCUCCGUGCACUGUGCAGCCUGAGUACCCAGAGUGGCUGUACCCAUUUUGACAUGUAAUGGAUAAUGACAUUUUCCACUGAGAAGCUGAAAAACAAACCAAAGAACCAGUGUAUUUUAUCCUUAACCUUUGUCAACCAGGUUUUAAGGAUAACAUUUCAGUUCUUCCUAAAGGCUGAUUUGCUUCAAAUUGAAAACAAUGUUGAUUUUGAGUGGACAGAAGCAAACUAACCAGCUAUCAUGUUAUGAAGGAAUAUACCUUUCAAUAAAAUUAUUGAAAUGCA